AUGAUGAAGGCCUUUAUCAUACCCUAUGCGCUCUUUCUUGUAGGACUGUGUUACGGUGGAGAUGAUUUACAAGCACAAAAUUCCCUUGGUACCGCCGAACUGAAAGAGGGACAAUCUGAAGAACCUACCUUCCAAUCUGAGACUUCUCAAAGUCUAGGCUUUCAACAUGGAUUGGAUGAACCAGACUCUGGUAUUGAUACUAAUCUAUAUAGCGGUGAAAGCCAUUCUAGAGAUGUAGGAUCAGGCUCAGUUAUUCCUUCUGCUCCUGAGGAACCCUUUGAAGGAUUUACUGAUUCUGCUGAGGUUAUUCCUUCUGCUCCUGAGGAACCUUCCGGUCCUCAACUUCCAGUACAGGGAAUUAAGAAAGAAGGUUCAUCUCCAGUACUAGGUACUCCUGUAGCUAUUUCUGAAGCUCGACCAACCUCAGACCGUUACCCUGUAGCUGAUUACAAAUCCAAGGUUGAUUCUACCCUGUUUGAUGUGAGAGAGUCUAAUAACAAUGGCCCAUUCUAUUUGAUAUGCACGCCAAAACCAAACACUGUAGUUACAAAGCUUGUUUAUGGAGGUGAUACCAUAUGGGAUGGAGGGAACUCUUUUCUCUCUUCAGCUUUGAUGUAUUUUAAGGGAGAUAAGCCAUAUGUUGUGACACUACAGUAUAGGGAAAAAGAAAAGAAUUAUACUCUCUUCCUCCAUUAUGACGGUAAGAAGUGGGAACAUAAUAAGGAAGAACAUGCAAAUAAACUUAAAACACUGAAGAGACGUCCUCCAGUUACUGAGUCAUAUGAAAAGUCUUUACUUACAACAUUAUGGUCCAAGGGAGACUCUACUCUUCUUAACCUGGCUCUUCAACAACCUCCUUCUACUGAGUGGUAUCUUGAGAAAAUAAAUGAGAAUUGGAAUGAUGUUAGAGGGAAAAUGUUUGAAGAAGAGUUUAGGAUAUUGAAAAGAGAACUUAAACAUGCAAUACCAAUCACUCUUGACCUUGCUAAUCCUAAUAAAUCCCAGAUAACUGUAGAGACAGGAAAUUAUAGUGGAGUAGAAUAUAAGGGGUAUACUCCAAAGAAAGGUCAUUAUUUCUCUUCUUUCUCUAACGACGGAAGUCCUAUCUGGACAAUUUCUAGAGGUGAAAGGUGUUUCCUUGCACAGUCUUUUACAAAUGAGAGUCUUGCUCUCUUUACUCUUGUAAGUGAUUUUGGACGCAAGUACUUUGAGAAAGCAGGUGGAAUAUGGAAGAGUCUUAAUAGGGGUGACUUUUUCAAUAAGCUCGAUAGAAUGGAAAGGCCUGAAGUACCAUGUGAGAAACUUGCUCUCCUAGCUUCCAAAGUUGAUUCCACUCUCUUUACUGUUUUGGACUCUUUUGAAUGUAACGUCAAGAUUCUAAAACUUACUCCUAAAGAUGGUCAGGCAGUAACUCAUGUUACAUAUGAUGAGAAAGAGGUUUGGUCUGGCCAGGGAACAUUUUCAACCUUUUCCUGUUCUUCUGCAACUCUUUACUUUGAUGGUGUUAUUCCGUCGCUCGCUGUUAUAAAUACAAAGAGUACUGGUAAGCAGGGAAAAGUCUAUAGAUACCAUGAUGGUAAGAAGUGGAAGAAUGGUAACGAGAGCAGUCACAAGAGUAAGCUAGAAGCUCUAAAGGAGAAAUGUAGACCUAUUACUCCCGUUACUUUGGACAUUGCCAAACCGGAUGAAUCAAAGAUCAGUGUACAUGAUAAGGAUGAUAACGGAGUAACUGUUAAGGAAUAUGCUCCAAAAAGUUGUUCAAAAGUUACUUCUGUUGUAGACGGAGAAGACACUCAUAUAUGGACUGGUGUUGGAGAACAAUUCUGUACGCACGCACUUUUAAGCUCUAAUAAAUACCUCAAAGUCCUCAAAGUCAGUGUAGAUGAUUGUGGUCGCACUUACGAUAAAUUCUUUGAAGAGUUCCUUGGAUCAUGGAAUGAACUUACAAAUAAGGCAGCGAAUAAAAGGUUGGGUGUGAUGAGGGAAGAAUCUAUACUAUCCCUUUGCACGUUAGACCUUUCAAAUCCACAGGUUUCGAAUAUAGACGUUAAGGUAGUUGACGAAUGCGGGAUAAAAUAUAAAGAAUAUUACCCGAGGGAUGGUUAUAAGAUAAUUUCAGUUGUAGAUCACGAAACUACUGUUUGGGAAGCUGAAGCUAGUGAACAGUGUACCUUCGUAAAAUCACAAGAAGGCAACUCCGUUAUUAUUAAUCUGAACAUUCACAAUGCUUAUGGUCUCCGGAGUAGAUUCUUUGUUAGAGAAAAUGGAGAAUGGAGUGAGACUAAUAUGGAUAGAUUUGAUGGAAAAGUCGCCGAAAUGGUUAUAGAACACAUAGAAGAUCCUGCAACAUACAAAUCUGAUGAAUUUUUAAGCCCUUUCCUAGACAAGGUAGACACAUCUAUAUUUGAUCUGAGAGAAUUAAAUGAAGAUUAUGUUAAAACUCUUAAACUGAAGGCUAAGGAAGGUGUUAGUGUUAAUAUGCUUGGAUUUGACGGGGAAUUGGUCUGGGAAGAUAAUAAAAAGUCAUGUCUCUCGGCUGUCCUGUAUAUGGAUGGAGAGAAGCCUACUCUUGCGGUACUUGUUACCAGGGAUAAGAAUAGUAAGCAGGGAAAAGUCUAUAGAUACCAUGAUGGAAAGAAGUGGAAGAACAGUAACGAAGAGACUUAUAAGGAGAAGCUCGAGGAGCUAAAGAAGAAAUAUAAACCUUCUGCUCCGUGCAUUUUAGACCUUACUUGUCUGGAUAGAUCUAAAGUAGAUGUAAAUACAGAAACUGGAUCCGGAGCACUUCUCAAGACUGUUGUCCCAAAAGAUGGGCAUCAUGUAUCCUCUGUUGUAGACUCUGGAGCUACUGUUUGGGAAGCUACGGGAGAUGAUCAAAAAUGUGUAGGUGCGCAAUAUUUUACCCGGGGAGAAUCCAUACUACUUGCCAUUGAUAUAUAUGAUGCUCAUAAGGUCCAGAAAAAAUACUUUAAUAAGAUUGGUGGAAACUGGAGGAGUAUUGAUCUUGAUGCGUUUAAUUGGAGAGCAAUGAGAAUGCACGCUGGAUAUGAACCUAUUCUCGUCACUCUUGAUCUUCCUAAUCCCGAUGAAUCUAUGAUACGAACAGUAGACAGUGUCGAUGGAGAAGUAAAAUACAAAAGGUACUUUCCAAACGGUGGCCAAUCUAUAGAGUCCGUUACAUAUCUAGGGGAACAGCUAUGGAAAGCAUCUGAAGGAGGGGAUGAAUGUAAAUAUGUGACUCUAGCUACCAAGGAGGAUAGUGCUCUUCUCGGUUUAUGGUUUGACAAUGGUAUGUCUGUAGAGGUCAAAGGAUUUAAGAGAGUAAAUAAGUCCUGGGUAGAACUAUCAAGGAGUGAGUAUUUUGAAACUGUAAUCGAGAUGAGAGAAACUACUCUGGAACCUGAAAAACUAGAAGAACCUGUAAGUUCCCUUGCCUCCAAAGUAGAUGCCUCUCUCUUCAAUGCAUCAAUAUACAAAUAUAACGGUGUAUACUGCUUGACAUGCACACCAAAGGAGAAAAAGAAUCCUACAAAGCUUGUUUAUGAAAAGGAUACCAUAUGGAGUGGAAACAAAAGUAUACUGUUCCUAUCAGCCCUAAUACACUUUAAGGGAGACAAGCCAUAUGUUGUGACACUACAGUAUAAAGAGAAUGGCAAGGAAGAGACUCUAUGCCUCCAUUACAAUGGUUGCAAAUGGGAAGAUAACAGAAGAGAACAUGAAAGAAAGCUUGAGAUAUUGAGGGGAUACCAACAUAUCCCCAUUACUUUGGACCUUGCCAAACCGGAUAGGUCAAAGGUAGAUAUACAAACUAAAAAUUAUAGGGGAGUAAUUUUAAAGGAAUGCUCUCUAAAGAAAGAGUAUUACGUAGACUUCAUUGUUGACUCUGGAGUAAUUGUAUGGACCCCAGUGAAAUAUGAGAAGUGUAUAUUCUUAGAAUCUUUCAUGAAAGGAGACUCUAUUCUCCUUACAAUACUUUUAAAGGAUGAUAAUGGAUAUACCGAUAAGUAUUUUGAGAAAGUUGAUGAAACAUGGAAGAAUCUCGAGCAUGAUGAUUUCUUCAAGAAGCUUGAUAAAAUGAGAGGAUUUUCUAGUCAACCUGGUGCUCCAUAUUAA